AUGUCGACCUCUCAAAUUCCCCAAAGACUCAGUAGGUCUACUGGGCCAACAGAUUUUCACCUCUUCCCUCGCCUGGCCCCAGAACUCCGUCUCAAAAUCUGGAGAGAGGCUUGCUCGCCACGCACCGUCACCAUCCGUUACAGCCUCGAGCAAGACCGAUGUAUAUGUGCCUCCAAACCACCAGCCAUUCUCCAUACCAGCCACGAGUCACGAACCGAAGCUUUAAAAACAUACAAGUUAUGUUUUGGCACCCCUUCACAUCCAGCACAUAUAUAUUUCAGCCCUUACCGAGACACCCUUUAUCUCCCACGACACAGAGAGAUGGGUUAUGACGAGACGUUACGCGAUUUCAAGACGUUAGUUGAAGACAGGGAAGGAGUGCUAAAUGAGAUUCGCCACGUAGCGAUCGAGCACGUGGACCCGGGAGUCAAACGGCCGUGGGAACCAUACAAUAAGGCCUCUGUGCUCCGAAACUUUCCCAAACUUCAAGAAGUCACACUAGUAUUGUGCAAUUCCAAGGGUCAGGAGACGGUAGACUUGGAUGAAGAAGUGGAAUUUGUGCCGCCGAAGGAGGACCCAGGGAAACUGUUGAGGUUAUGGGUGGACUUCCGGCAGAACUUCGUCAUGGAGGAGAGAAUGCUAGAGAAUGUGUCUAGAGAGUUGGGAAAGGAGUAUAAGCGCUUUACUUUGCCGCGAGUUCAAAUAAAGACCAAGGUGCGCCGCAUAGAUGGAGGCCAUCCUCCACUGAAGUGUGACCAUGGGAUGCAACGUAGCAACAACACCCCAAAUCCUGCAUUGUGGAGUAUAGAGUACUACGGCGUAUUGUUUAUGGUGGAUCUCUAUGGCAUGAUACAUUUGGCAAUCCCGCGGCCUAGGUGGGACCCAUCGGUAUAUUCAAGGACCAACCACACAUCCGAGUUCCCGUCCAUGAGGCUUAACUGCCCAGACUACCAGCCGAAGUGUGUGAAAUGGUUAGAAGAAUCGGCUGAUGAUGCCGAGACGUUUGUUAGGAUAAUUACAGGUAAUAAGGAAGGGUAUAGUUCGCCGCACUUCGUUGAGUUCGAGGACAGCGUUGGGAUGGAGAUUCGUUGGAACUAUUUGUUGGAUGAAAUUGGAAAAGGCGUUAUCAAGCAAUUGGAAUGA